AUGGUCACGGAGCUACUCGGUUACCGUGCCCUGCCCACGGCCGCUAUUAUGCAUGGGUAUGUCAUUGCCUUUUUCAAGACAGCAGGCGCAUGUGUGCUCUCGAUCAUUGUAAAUAAUAUGCCUCAGGCUUCAAAGACGUCAAGUAUCCCAUGUCUUUGA